AUGCUGAUUGCCAUUGUAGGCCUGGCAUGCUCAGGCAAAUCGGCUGUGGCCGAGUAUCUUGUAGCUAGGCAUGGGUUCCAAAUCAUUACAUUGGAUGCGUCUGGAGGCGAGAACGACUUUGCGAGUCCUGAUGCGAUGCUGCAUCAUGUCACGUCGAAUUGGCGGACCAACUUUGUAACUCUGGCCCUUGACUCGUCGCCAUUGAUUGAGAUGUUUGAAAAGAGACCCUUCUUCUUAUUGCUGGGAGUGGAAGCACCUCUUAUGCAGCGCUGGAAUCGCGCGCGUAUGCGUGCUACGGCUGCUGGCGAGACGCCUGCCAGUCUGGAGUCGUUCGUGGCACGCGACGAUGCUGUGCUGUACGGCGUGUCGACAGUCACACCAGGAGAUGUAUCUGACGACUUAUCGAACCUUUCAUUCACCAGUCACAAUGGAGCGAUGAUGUCCAUGUCGCUUCCUUCUGCACAAUUGUCCCUCGCAGGUCUUUUGCAGCGGUGCCAAUUGCGGAUUACCAACACAUUCGUACGCGUGGAUGAACUGCAUGCCCACCUCGAUUCUCUCGCCUUGCCCUCUAUGCAUCGCCUUCGUCCCACCUGGGACACGUACUUUGUGCGUCUAUGUACACUCGCUGCGAUGCGGUCCAACUGUAUGAAGCGCCGCGUGGGGGCGGUCAUUGUUCGCAACCACCGCGUUCUGUCCACAGGCUACAAUGGGACUCCACGUGGACUAACCAACUGCAACGAAGGUGGGUGUGUGCGCUGCAACGAGAGCGCUCCGUGCGGCAGCAGCCUCGACGAGUGCUUGUGUCUCCACGCGGAAGAAAACGCCUUGCUCGAAUUGGGCCGUGACCGCGGCGGGGCCGAAGGCACGGUCCUCUAUUGCAACACAUGCCCCUGUCUACGAUGUGCUGUGAAGAUCGUGCAGACAGGCGUCUCGGAAGUGGUUUAUCAACUGGAAUACAGUAUGGAUAGCCGCAGCGCACAGAUAUUCGCCCAAGCUGGCGUCGCUUUUCGUAAGUACCUCCCUCCCUUUUAG